AUGGUGGAACUGCGAAACUCCAACUCCCACGGGCGACGCCGCCCGUCUUUGGUGGUGUUCUUCGUGGCCACUUCCAUGGUAUUGGUAGGAUGCACCUUCAGCGGUGGGGGUUUUGGCUCUUACCUUACAGAAUACCUUCAAAUGCUGGUAGCCCAAGAGGCCGCAACCACAAGCAAGAUUGCCUUGGCUUCUCCGUCGAUGCAAAUAGAAAGCCCUGUCUCUUCUCGCAUCAUCCUCACUCCAUCACCAUCCUCGUCACCUUCCUCGACUCCCACCACCACACCGUUGCCUCCACCCAUCCUUAGUGUGAAAGAGGUGCUUUCGAAAUUUCCUGCAGGGUUUGACGAAACCAAUAAUACACUGAAAUCACUCGUAUUGCACUCUUCCUUGCCGCAUCAACGGGCCGUCAAAAGUGCAAUAGGAGAAAGCGCCUCGUCUACCUCACAACACGAAAAAACGUGUACCGAGACAUGCUGUCGCUAUACCUACUACUACAAUCCAUCGUUGGAAAACACAACACUCUUAAAGACCAGUUCCUGCAAAGAAAUUGCCGAAGUACGAUGGGGAAACCUACCCGUCCCUCCUCAUUAUCCAACGUUGACAAGCAAGCUCAGCGACAAACUGCUCCCCUGUCUAGCCGACCUCAAUGAAACUCUAAUCCUUCAAGUGGACAACAACUUUGUCGGGCGCUUUUUCGAUCAAGGAUGGCACGAUAAACUCCCCGUCGACUACAUUCUGGUUUCGGGUGAUGGUGACAGAAGUCCACCAUCUUCCUGGACACGGUUGUUGGACGAAAACACCACAGGUGCCAACGGUGCCAAUCUCUUGCACUGGUUUGGCCAAAAUCCAGAAACCACGCACCCAAAAUUCCACCCAAUGCCCAUUGGACUGAGUCAAUGGGAUUGGCAGCCGGCCUAUGUGGAUUUAAUCCUGCAAGCAUGGAAUCAUCAAGAUCCUUUCACUUCUUCUUCUUCUUUGCAGCACCGUCCUGGAAGCAAUAUUCGUAGUUGGACCAUUCUGGUCAACUUUAAUACCUACGAGCAGGGCAAACGGCAUGGCCAAUACCGUCGAGAUGUCUACAACGCAUUUUGCGACCAAAAUAGCAACCUCACAGACAGCGGCAACCACUACGAGACACUUUGUGUCCCUGUUGAAAAUGUUACUUCCAACGCGCAAUACUUUUCGUUGCUGGAUCCAACCACCGUCCAAUUUGCCGUUAGUCCGCGAGGACAAGGUUGGGAUUGCUAUCGAACAUGGGAGUACCUGUAUUUGGGCAUUGUACCCAUUGUCCCCACAAAUGCCAAUUUUGAUCCCCUCUGGAAACAACUGGGGUUACCGGUUGUCUCCGUUCCCGACCUUACCAAUCGGGAAAGCAUUCAAGAGGCACUCCGCAAUUUCACCAGCAGCAGCAGUGCAAUGAACUAUAUCCACAAUCCGCCAAAAUACAACUCCGGACACCACAAACUAUUUCUUGGUUACUGGCGAAAGUUCAUUCUUGAAAACGCAGGAAGAACACCCAAUACCAAUGGAGAGUAUCCAAUGUACCAUUUCGAAACGUUAUGA